CUCCGCACAGACUGAACGCAUUGCAUCCGAUCUGUGCCGGUCCGAGGGGUCAGAUGUGACUCUCGAGAGACUCGGAGUCUGGGAGCAAAUUUUCAGAAAUUAGGAAAAAUCAAGCACAGGGAGUUCAGCCAUGGUCAGGGAUGACUUUGACGACAUUCAACCACUUAAAAGGAGCUGUCACCGGGGAAUCGACGGAUGUUGCCCGCAGCGUGACUGAAGAUACGCGCAUGAGGAGACGUCUAUCCAAAUCAAGUCUUAACAAGUGAAACCUGGAAUACCUAACUGAUAUCGUUUCGGGAAAUAUGGUGUAAAGUACUGCACUUCUCCAGUAGCGCGCAUUCACAUGAACGCCGCUGGGCUCGCGCGAUCCACACACGAGCGCUAUGCGGCUGCGGACAGCUCGAGACAGCAUCGGCUCUCUGGCGUUUGAGGUUCAUCAAAAGCAAGAUCUGCAAGUUGAGCUUCCAGUGCAGAAGAUGACACAGAGUAAAUAAGCUGUCACCUUAAAGGUCAUUAAUUUUCCUCUGCAACAACUAUGCUGCCAAAAGAGCAACACAGUGAUGGCAAGGCUGCCAAAACCUCCUGCUCAGAACAAAAAGCCAAGGCCAUGAAGAAGGAAAAGAAGGUUGUGUAUGUGGAUCCACCAGAUGGUGGUUGGGGUUGGAUGGUGGUUCUGCACUGUUUCCUGGUGAACGUGUUGGUAAUGGGUACAUUGAAGAGCUUUGGGAUCUUCUUUGUGGCACUGCAGGAUGAGUUUGGAGGCUCGUCCGAGAGCAUCAGCUGGAUUGGAUCCAUCAUGUCUAGCCUCAGGCUCUCCGGAGGUCCGCUGGCCUCGGUGGCCUGUGCCAAGCUAGGGAACAGGGUUACCUCCAUAGUGGGGGCGCUUCUCGUCAGUGCCGGCUUUAUCUCCAGCAUAUUUGCCACCAACGUGAUCUACCUUUACAUUAGCAUGGGGAUAGUUGUUGGUGAGCUGGACUUCUCACUGUUGAAGAACCCUUUCUUUUGCAUCUACACCUGGUCGCUGGUCUUCAGUCAGCUAGCAUAUUUUAUACCUUACUUCCAUUUGUCUGCAAGGGCCCGGAACCUGGGCAUCGAACCUAUGUAUGCUUCCUUUAUCAUCUCUGUGGCUGGUAUAACAGAGACGGUGGCCCAACUUGCAUCUGGCUGGGUGACAGACAGGAAUCUGGUUCACAAAUAUCACUACCAUAAGGCCUACCUGAUCCUGUGUGGUGUGGUCAAUCUUCUCUCCCCUCUGGCCACCUCAUACAUCUUGCUCAUGGUCUACGCUGUCUUCUUUGCCAUCUUCUGUGGGGGGUACAUGGCUCUCCUACUUCCUGUACUGAUGUGUUUUUGCUAUGAAGCUCAGUACUGUGUAAAGGACUGCAGAAGGCCAUAA